GAGAAGAAGAAGUCAUGGCGGACGUGCUGCUGUGUCUCUCAGAGGAAAGAUUUCACCUCCUGCAGCAACAAUGAGUCCAGUUCAGGCUUUGAGAGAGUUUAUCAAGCAGCGACUAACUGCUGCUGCUGGAGAAAUAAUCACCGCGUUUCAACAAACUAUCGUCCAGUUCGAGGAGGAGAUUGAUCGACAGGGGAAACUUCUGGAAAUCAACUGGAAACAUCAAGUCAGGUUCCACAGAACAGAGAGUCCACAGCAACACAUGGGUAACCAGAAGACGAGCUCCAGUCUGGAGCAGGAGGAACAUGAAGCUCCACACAUUAAAGAGGAGGAGGAUGUUGUUGAGGUGACUGUUACUGAUGGUGAAGGAGACGAUUCCCACCACUCCGUGAGAGACCUGACCAUCCAGAGUCUAACUGCUGCUGCUGAGGAAAUAUUCACCCUGUUUCAACAAACUGUGGUUCAGUACGAGGAGGAGAUCGGUCACCAACGCAGAAUGCUGGAAGUCGACUGGAAUCCUCAGAUCAAGUUACACAGAACAGAGCUCCAACAGGACCAUGACUGCAGAGAGGAGCAGCUCUUUAAACAGGAAACCAACUACUGUCUAGAACAGGACGACCCAGAACCUCCAGAGAUCAAAGAAGAAGAAGAACCAGAACCUCCACAGAUCAAAGAGGAAGAACCAGAACCUCCACACAUCAAAGAAGAAGAACCAGGACUUCAUUGGUUUAAGGAGGAGCAGGAGGAACCAAAAUCCUCACAGAUUGAGGAACACGAGGAACUCAGUACCAGCCAGAGGGGAGAACAGUUUAUUCUGAAGUUUGAUUGUGAAACCUUGAAGGUUCCUUCUGUUGAGGAUCACAGUGACCUGAGUGAACCAGAAGUACCAGAGACUGAGCGGUUCCCCUCUCAGGACUCUGAAGUCCACCAUGAGAAAAGACACAUGGACUCAGAAUCAACUCCAAAUGCGAAGCUGAAAAAACUCGAGGUGUUUCAUAGAAAGAGUGUGAACAACUUUGAUGUUUCAGAGAAGCAGGCUGAAUGUGAAAAGCUUCUUUCUGAAGAAACGUGUGAGAAAACUGACCAUGAAAAACAUCAGUUAUGUCCGAAGGUCAGAGUGGUCACUGAUGAGAAGAUACUUUAUGAAACAUGUGGGAAAAGUUUCAGUCAACUGAGUCAUUUGUUGGUCCACAAGAGAUCCCACACAGGUGAGAAGCCUUAUUCUUGUGAAACAUGUGGCAAAAGUUUCAGGCAACCAAGUCGUUUGUUGCGACACAUGAGAAUUCACACAGGUGAGAAGCCUUAUUCUUGUGAAACAUGUAGCAGAAGUUUUGGCCAACAGAGUAGUUUGUUGCGCCACAUGAGAAUUCACACAAGUGAGAAGCCUUAUUCUUGUGAAACAUGUGGCAAAAGGUUCAGUGAACGGCGUGAUUUGAAGGUCCACAUGAGAACUCACACAGGUGAGAAGCCUUAUUCUUGUGAAACAUGUGGCAAAGAUUUUGGCCGACAGACUCAUUUGUUGAUCCACAAAAGAACUCACACAGGUGAGAAGCCUUAUUCUUGUGAAACAUGUGGGAAAAGUUUCAGUCAUCUGAGUCAUUUGUUGGUCCACAAGAGAUCCCACACAGGUGAGAAGCCUUAUUCUUGUGAAACAUGUGGCAAAAGGUUCAGUCAACGGUGUCAUUUGUUGCGCCACAUGGGAAUUCACACAGGUGAGAAGCCUCAUUUUUGUGAAACGUAUUAAAAGGUUCAGUCAACAGAGUAAUUUGUUUGUCCACAUUGAAACUCACACAGGUGACUCAUUCUUGUAAAACAUGUGGGAAAAGAUUGAUUUAUUGUAGUUCAUUGCUGCACCACCGGAAUACUCUCAAAUGGAUGAAAUCAUGAAAGACGGUGAGAGAUGUCGUUCAGGAAGUCCAGCUUGAACCCAAAAUCACAACAAAUCAUCCAGUUUGAAGGAAACGUUACUGAUUCAGACGCUGUUCAGACUGCUUCAGGAACAUUUCAGUUUGUGGUCUGUCACAAUGAAUGUGAACUUUCAAGAAAUGGAAAUAAAAUG